AUGCAUUUAUCAAAGGGUCUUAACAAGCUAAAUUUGGAUUCAAUAGCACCAGAUUUAAACUUGCCAUUUCCUGGAAGCAAUAAUAAUCAAGCCCAUCCUUCCAAACCAAACAAACCUAAGCUCCCAGUAGUUACCAAUAAAGCAUUCUUUGGAGGGAUAGGCACUGAUGAAUUGGACGUAACACCACCACCUUCAGUAUUGAAGAGUAUUGAUUAUGAUUAUUUGGAAAAGCAAUUUCAAAUUUAUAAAUAUUAUCCAGUGUAUGUUCACAAUGGAGAUAUUACAACACCUGAAUUAAAGGAUUUAAUUGUUGAUAAGCCAAUUUACAAUGAAGCUAAUAAACAUGUGAAGCGGAACAAGAAGAAGAAGAGCACUAGUGCUAAAUUGAAACUGAAGAGUAUUGGCAAUGAAGAAGGAAGAGACCCUUUACGUGAGUCAAGAAAAUUGAGAAAGGAACAACGAGAGGAGAGGAAGGAAUUACGAAAAGAACAACGAGAUGAAAGACGCGAGUUGAAACAGAUGCACAAACAACAGAAACUGCAACAACUGCAUGCACCACAAAUGAAAAAGACUUAUUCUGGUCACUAUAUGAAUAAAGUCAAUAGUUUGAGUUGUGCCAAUGGUGGCAGUAAUGAUGUGGGAGCCACUCACGGGGUUAAUCCUUAUCAAAUGAAGACCCAGUUUAGCAACAAUACUACUAAUACUACUAAUGGAGGAGAAGACUACUACUGGAAUAAGAACCAACCAAUGUCGAGAACUAAUUCCCAAUUUAGUCGUGGUGGCAAUAAUGGCCUUGGUUCUAAUAUGGUGAUGAAAAGGAUUGGUUCCUCUUCUACAUCAACCUCAGACGAUGAUCCUGAUUGUGCAGAAUUAGAUCCCUCCAUGGGUAAGGGUGGCAAUGGUAAUGGUGGAUAUGAUUCAGAAAAGACUGAAGUUGAUGAUGAAUUUAACCCUAUUGCAUUUAAUAAUCCAUUUGAUUUUGGUAAAAAAUUGUCAGCUGUCGGUACCACUGCCUCAGAAGACGGAGGUAUAGCUCCUGCUUCAUCCACCAUGAUGUCUAAUUCAUCGUCAUAUAAUAAUUACAACGGUGGGGUCACCAAAACCCAUCAAAAUUCAUUAUUUAGCAAUCCACAGUAUUCUCAUUUGUACAGUUCAAGAACCAAUUCGAGAAAUAAUUCCAUGGUUGGUUAUGGAAAUGGAAAUGGUUCUGGUCCAAUGACAGGAUUAUCUGAUGGACAUCCAGUUCCGGCAGCUGUGCCUCAAAGAAGAUCAUCAUCAGUGACAUUGAUAAAUAAUAGUCAAAAUUCAUCUCAAAAUAGAAACAACAAUACCACCGCUGGUAAUGGUGGCAAUAAUAAUACUUAUGGAACUCAUAAUAUAUCGCAACCAAAGAGAAACAAUUCAAUUGCUACAAAGUUUAUGAAUAUGUUUAGAGACAAUAGUCAAGAUUCAAAUAAUCUGUCUAAUGGCAAUUACGAUAAUGACUAUGAUGAUGAAAUAAUGGAGAACCACGAUGAGAAUACGUCAAUGACAAUGAUGCGUAGAGGAUCUACUAAACUGCACAAGAUGGGACCAACAACUAGUUUUAAUGGUGCUGCACUGCAAAACAUAAGUAGGUCAAGAAGACAAAGUCUAUUUGGUAAUAAUCAACAAGCACAACUAAAAGAAGAUGGAGUUGGCAACAACAAUGACAACCAUGUUAAACCUAAAGCAGGUCCAUUACCAAACAUGGAGUACCCUGGUGGACAUCCAAUGACAAAAUCAAAUAGUUUUGAUCAAACAAAAUCACAACGAACAACAUUGAAGAAUAAAUUGAAGAUGAAAUUUACUAAUGAACUGAGACGAUUUAGUGAACAAUUUGGUAUGUAUAACAACAAAGGGAAACAAGAUACAGGCAAUGAAGUUGUUACUGAAAAUGUCACAAAUGGCCAUACUGGUGAAACCCAAACGAUACAGUACACACAAUCACAGAUGGUUGGUCAUGGGUCGUUUGGAGUGGUUUUCCAAACCCAAAUUAUGCCCAGUAAUGAGAUAUGCGCUAUGAAACGAGUACUUCAGGAUAAGCGAUUCAAGAAUAGAGAGUUGCAGAUUAUGAAGUUGGUUCAUCAUCGAAAUAUUGCUGACUUGAAAUAUUAUUUCUACACCAAUAACGACAAGAAUGAAUUGUAUUUGAAUUUGAUAUUGGAAUUUGUUCCUGAAACCCUUUACAAGGCAAGUCAUUACUAUGUUUCCAAGAGGUUAAGUAUGCCACCAUUGGAAAUAAAGUUAUACACGUACCAAAUGUUUAGAGCAUUAAACUAUAUUCAUUCACAAGGAAUAUGUCAUAGAGAUAUCAAACCACAGAAUUUAUUAAUCAACCCCACCACUGGCGAAUUGAAAUUAUGUGAUUUUGGUUCAGCCAAGAUUUUAAACCCACAAGAACCAAAUGUGUCCUACAUUUGCUCAAGGUAUUACCGAGCCCCAGAAUUAAUCUUUGGCGCUACAAAUUAUACAACCAAGAUUGAUGUGUGGAGUGCUGGAUGUGUAAUGGCAGAGUUGAUACUUGGCCAGCCAUUGUUUCCUGGUGAAUCGGGUAUUGAUCAGUUGGUGGAAAUAAUCAAGAUUUUGGGAACACCUUCAAAAGAACAAAUCAAGAGCAUGAAUCCUAACUAUAUGGAGCAUAGGUUCCCGCAGAUCAAGCCAAUACCAUUGCACAAAAUUUUCAAAAAGAUGGCACCAGAUUGUAUACAAUUUUUGAUCAAAGUGUUGCAAUAUAGUCCCUUGGAAAGAAUUAGUUGUAUUGAAGCAAUGGUUGAUCCAUAUUUUGAUGAACUAAGAAACGAAUCAACCAAAUUACCCAAUUAUAGAAAGUUGUUUUCGCAACAAUUUCAUCAUAGUACUGCUGGUUCAUUGGGUGGCCCCACCUCACAUUCAAAUGCAGCACAGUAUCAAUUGUAUGAUUCUCAACCCGACAUGAAGGACUUGCCCGAAUUGUUUGAUUUUGAUGACCGUGAAUUGAGUGUUGCCCCACAAUUAAAUUCUCAUUUAAUUCCAGCAUGGGCUUGGAGCCAUUUACAAUUGAAGCUGGGUCCUAUAAAUAAUUUACAAGAAUUUGUACCAAUGACCAAAGAGGAAUUAAAAGUUACAUUAGAGUAG